UUUCUUUCCUUUUUAUUUUAUUAUAUUCUUAAGAUUUGCGAAGGCCAUCGUAAUUUUCUCGUCUAAUGAUCGUUAUUAUCUUGCACGUAUCUCGUAUAUCUUCUCCCUACUACUUUUUUAAAAAAAUGACGACAAAAAAGAGAACGACGGCGACAUUGACGUUAGUAACGACGAUUCGAAUUUUGUCUUUCAUUCGGUGCCGACGAAAAAAUCAGUCGACUUUCCGUCUCUCUCUUAUAUCCUUUUUCUAUCUCAAAUGAGAUGAGGAAACUCACAGUAUGGUCGAUCGUAUGUCUGACUAUUAUCCUUGCCAAGGACAUCGUAGCCGAUUUGAACGUCUCCUCGAAGAUCGAUCUCGACUCGAACGAGAUCCAACUAACAUCCUCCGAUCGUCCUGUCAUCGUCUCGAACCAAAGAGAAAGGAUCGUCGAUGUUCAAAAGGAACCUUCGAUACGCAUCAACGAACAACCGAACCCAUGGCUACAUCGUCCGAGUCAAUCCUUCGUAAGAUCAAGUUUCCCAGAAGAUUUAAGAAAACGAAGGACACAUCUAUCAUCCGAAUCCCCGAUAAACACUCCGACAAACACUGUUGUAAACAACGUACGAAUUUUUGUAAACGGAAACGAGACAGAAAAGGGAUCGAAUGUUGCAUCCUGCGAAAAUGGUGUUUGCGACGUAUCGGUUUCGUCGAAAAUCGACGAGGAGGGAAACAUUGUGACGGACGUACACAUCACCAUAAUCACAAACACAAAGCCGGCCAUCGAGGUCGCCGAAAUUCCGGUUAUCGAUGGAUUUCGAGGAAUAGAAGAGAAUACGCCUCGCGGGUCAUCUCCCGUGUUUCAUCCUCUCGAUCAUGUGAAACCAACUUUCACUCAUCUUCUACGUAACGAUAUACCGCAAGUUCAAGUCCGUGGAUUUGUAGAACCAAACAACGAGGAAAUUCAUUUCCAAGAUCGAAGAAACUACGGAAGAAUAUUUCCGACUUGGUAUAACGGGCAUAAUCAUGAACAUCGUGCAUACAACAAAGGUUUUCAAGAUUCUAGGUCGUGGCUUCCGCGAAGAGUUAUUGUCGACGAUAAGAUCGAAGCACCGCUUAGUAAAACGAAGCAAUCCGAGGAAUAAAAGGUUUCUAGAUGCUAGAAACAAUGCAACUAUCAUACAGUGAUUCUUUUGUUGAGUAUGUAAAUGAGAAUGAAAAAAAAAAAAAAAAAUAAAAAAAAGAAAGAAAGGAAAGAGAAGAAAAAUAUA